AAGCAAUCAUGAAGUUACAGCUUGCCCUUCUCGUUCUGGGAGCCACUGCGGUCCUCGGCCAGAUUGUGCCCAGAAGCAGCUGGUGUCCUGUCCCUGUCUCCCCACGUCUGCCUCGGCUAAGGGGUCCGGCUCGCUACAUCAUCAUCCACCACACGGUCACAGCUCCCUGCUACAAUCCCCACCAGUGCCAGGCGGCCCUCCGCCAGAUCCGUGACGGACAUCUGCGCCGCAAGUUCAGGGACAUUGGCUACAAUUUCCUCAUCGGAGGCGAUGGUCGCAUAUACGAGGGACUAGGAUUUGGCAUCCGCGGGGAACAUGCUCCCAACUACAAUAGCCAGUCCAUAGGCAUUGCCUUUAUCGGCAAUUUCCAGGUUGGUCUACCACCUGGUCAGAUGCUGCAAGCCGCCCGUACUCUCAUCCAGAUUGCCGUGAGACGUCGCCAGGUUGUGCCCAACUACACUCUCCUGGGACACUGCCAGACAAAGGCCACUGCCUGUCCGGGACGUCAUCUGUUGGAUGAGCUCCGCAAAUGGCCAAGAUGGCAAAAGAAGCCAUAGAAGAAAGAGAUUUAUAUCAAGUCCUUCUACUUCAAUUUCAAAUAGUUAUCCCUCCAUCCUAGAUAAUUUUUUUUCUAGCCAAUUUUUUCAAUAAAAACUAAUAUUUAUCUUCUAAAAAAA